AUGAGGACCUUUGGUCUACGUUACCUGCUGCUUUUAACUGCUGCUUUCGGGGUCUUUUCUGCCGCUACUCUCUCGAAGGAUAAGUGGUACCGUGAGAGAAAAGCCGGUGUUACAUAUCAGAUUUUCGAAAAUGAGGCCACCGGAAUCGUGCUGCAAGUCGUGAAAAAUUCUGGGAUUUGCGAGAAGAUACCAAGAGUCGAUCAAUAUUCGGGUUACGCUUCAUUUAAUGAAGUGGAGCAUACGUUUUUCUGGUUUGUUGAGGCUCGUACAAACCCCACGACCGCGCCUUUUGCGAUGAAUUUGGCAGGGGGACUAGGAGGCGCAAGCACGGCGGAGCUGUUUACACAGCUCGGCCCAUGCCACUUUGAGGAAGGCGAAAGCACGCCGUCAAUCAGCAACACGUACAACCUCAACCAGAACGUCAAUAUGAUCUACAUUGACCAACCCAUCGAUGCCGGUUUCUCAUCCAGCCUCAAUCUCGCUGGAUCGACUGAUGCUGCGGCCCCUUACAUCUGGAACCUACUUCAGGCUUUCUUUGCGGGUUUCGAGGAGUAUGAAAACCGCGACUUGAGUAUCAUCACAUCUUCUUACGGGCGCGUAAACGGCAAGAAGAUCGAAAUCGCUGCUCUAAUUAUCGGCAACGGCUGGUAUGAUGGUGCGAUUCAGUACAAGGGGAUCAUAGAGUAUAGCCGCAACAACACCUACAAGCCUUUGAUUAGCAAAAACGAGGCCAACGCGUAUAUGUGGGAGUAUUACUCGCAGUGUCUCCCUGCACAAGAGCUGUGCGAUCGCUCGGCGAGCUACGAAAACUGCCGAAACGUUCAACGCAUGUGUUCAUUGAAACGCUACUUGAUCGACGAACGAGAUGAAGACGUCUAUGACAUUCGUAAAAGAAGUAUAUAUACAGUCCAAGGAGUUGAUCUAGGGACACCAACGGAGAAAGAGGUCGUACAUGGUUACCUGAACCGUCUGGAUGUUAUGAAAGCGAUCGGGGCUAUAUCAUCGUGGGAUGAUUCUUCAGAAAGGAUUAAGAUUCGAUUCGGCGAGUGGGCCGUUGACGCACGCUCGACCUUGAACACUUUGAGUAAGGUAGUCCGCAGUGGCGUCACUACUCUCAUAUACGCGGGCGAUGCCGACAUGGUAGACGAUUGGUUUGGGAACCUCGACGUUGCAGACGCUAUCAAGUAUGAGGGCACAUCUACCUUCGCCAACAAACGGCUUACUCCGUAUGCCGUGAAUGGGUUGGUGGAAGGAGAAUUCAAGAGCUUCAAGAACCUUUCAUUUCUCCGUAUCUACGAGGCUGGACAUACAGCCAGGCAUGAUCAGCCGGCGUUGGCCUUCCAGGUAUUCAAUCAGACGAUGCAGAAGACGGCGAUAUCGUCUACUUAGCGGCCUGCGUCCCCUCUAGUUUCUAGACUGCGUAUAAAAUUGCAAUGUAGGUCGCAUGUAGUAGACACCACUGUCUUGCCACAAGUCUAGGGACACGUUCAUCGGCUUUGGGGUGCCCUUGAGCGGUAGAGAGGGGAUGACGGCAGGACAUUAUAACUAUUUCAAUCGUAGACUUUCAACGGAUAUUUGUGCAUUUAAGAUAGGGAGGGAUAAUGGUACACCCCCUAAUCACUCCUUG